UUUGACUGUGAUUCGAUAAAAUAUUGAAGAUUAGAUAAGAAAUUAUUGUACCGGAAGACCGCGAGAUCUUGCGAGAAUCUGGGAGAUAUCAAACGAGAAGAGAAAGAUGGUGAACUUGAAAUCGAUAACAAGCAACAUUUUGAUUGCUUUCUGUGCCUUUUCAGCGUUAGAAUAUGUCCAUGAGGUACAAGGGGACCCAUCUAGAAUAAGGAUCAGGGUAGGAAGUCGCUAUAGGAGCUACAGAAGUUAUAGGAGUUACAGGAGUUACAGAUCAUACAGGGCUGGUUCUAGCAUUUCCAGAAGCAGUGGGACAUGGUGGAAGACGGCACUUGUAGCAGGAACCAUAUAUGGUUCAACCCGAUAUAUGACAAGAAGACGCUAUAGGGACUACCCUGAUAGACAGCCAACAAUUUGUACAAAUAAUGAUGACAAAAUCGACAAGGUGACAAAUGCUACUUACAGGAUGGGCCAGUUUAUAUGUCCCAUGUGGGACCAAGCAGACAGUAUGGAGCAUUGCUGUGGACCAACCAAUAAACAACAUUGCUGUGGAAGACAAAUUAGUUCAGAAAGAUUGCUGGGGAUUAUCCUGGGUUGUACCCUACCAGUGCUUAUACUUGGGAUUGCCAUAUACAUGUAUUGUCAUGCUAAGGCUGAAAAUAAAGAAAUUCAAGAAUGGUUAAAUGAAAGCCCUGGCACUCAUUCUAAAAGUGAACCCACUUAUGGUGAAAACAAUGCAGGAUAUGGGCCUUCUUCAUCAUCUCCCCCAGCAUAUGCUUCUCCCAAAUAUGAUGACAGGGGGAUAUCACAUCUGAAGCCUGUCAAAACCUUCCCGCAGCCUAAAUCACGUGAAGAGCCACAUGGGCCCUCCUCUCAACCUAUGUUGAAAUCACACAGUCAAGCUCCUAAUACGGGCACUGCAUACCAACCACCUCCACAGCCAGUUGCCCAGCCUGUUGGGGUACAACCUUAUCCAGGGGCACCUGCACCUGGUGGUUACCCAACUGCACCUGGCGGAGACAUGAGCAAGCAACCACUACCACCUGGAGAAGGUGCAGCUUACCCAGUGAACCCAGGGCAACAAUAUCCCCCUGGCCCUGGAGGACCUGGAUACCCCCCAGCUGGUGGCCCUGGAUACCCCCCUGCAGGAGGACCUGGAUACCCUCCAGCUGGUGGACCUGGAUACCCCCCAGCGGGUGGCCCUGGAUAUCCCCCUGCGGGAGGACCUGGAUAUCCCCCUGCAGGAGGACCUGGAUACCCCCCAGCUGGUGGCCCAGGAUAUCCCCCUGCAGGAGGACCUGGAUACCCCCCAGC